AUGCUUGCCUCACUGCUUCGACCGAGGAAAUCGCGCCAGCCUGUUCAUCGUUCUGUUUCGCCUCACGAGACAACCCCGUUCUUCAGGAGCUUCCUGCGCGAAGAUGAGAGCCUCGCACCUACCGAGCCCGACGACUAUCUAGAUGAAAACAACGAUGGGCAACCAUUGUAUGGUGACGAAGAAAGCGAGCCCCACGAUGACGACAGUGACGGGGGGGAUCUCCUACCCAUAUUCUCGUCACCACACUUAGAUCUUAUCCCCGUCUACACCAUCACACACUCGAUACGGUCCCUCGUUGUGUCACGUUGCGAAACGAGCUUAACAUGGGAGCAGUUACGGUCUCCGCAGAUAUCUCAAUUCCUUCUCAAGCCUAUCCAGCAGCAAAUUCGAGAUGCUCAUUUCAAUCGAUCAACUCUGUACGCAUUGAUGGCCAAUUGUCUUCAAUUCAAUAAGGAGGCCGACUACAAUCCCGGAAAUAGUGGAACAUCACGGACGAGAGCGCUUGUGAGUGAGCUUUUGGCGAUUAAAAUCCUCAAAGACUACACUACAAGAGAGUUAAUUGAUGCGCUAUCAUACGACUUUUAUCCGCUUCAAGGACAGGCCCCUAUUUCCGCCGCCAGUUUGCGCGCCUCAACUUGGAAUCAGACAUCUUCGAAAAGCAGAAAUGCCCCCGGGGCUACGCGGAUUUCGUGUCUGGAAAUUGCCAUUCGAGCCCAGGCCAAGCGUUUCAUCGCACAUCCUCUAGUCGUCCAGCACUUAGAAGCAAUAUGGGCUGGCACCAUUGUCUUUCACUCGGCUGCCGACAAUUUACAUCGUCCGAAUGCCGCAGCACGCCGUGGUCCGCGCUUUGGUGCUACAAAUAACUCGGCAGAGCACCACUACGGCAAAAGUCGGCAAGAUCCCCAGUUAGAGGAGAAUCCACGUAGAACUGUAACUCUCUACGACCCAAGAGAUGCUUCUCUUUUCAAGUUGUCUCGACUACGGGUACCUCGUUAUCGACACUUCCUUUCAACUCUUUCGUUCGCGGUUCUGUUGUGUCUCUACCUCGCGGUGCUUAUUGAAAGAUCAUUACAUAUCACGACAGUUGAGGUUGUUUUCUGGUUUUGGGGUGCCGGUUUCAUGCUGGAUGAGAUUGUCGGCUUCAACGAACAAGGCUUCAGUCUUUAUCUUAUGAGCUUCUGGAAUCUAUUCGACUUGGGAAUCUUGCUGCUACUUUUUAGCUAUUCGAUACUUCGAUUAUAUGUUAUGGCUAUGCCUGACAUUCGACAACUGGCAGCUGCUAACCAAGCAUAUGAUAUUUUGUCUGCCGGGGCUGUUCUAUUGUUCCCACGUCUUUUCUCGGUUCUCGACCAUUACAAGUACUUCUCGCAACUACUCAUCGCAUUCCGGAUCAUGGCCGCUGACCUGAUGGCUGUGUUUCUUUUGAUUGUCGUUGCCUGUAGUGGCUUUUUGGUCGCGUUCUCCUUUUCUUCCGCAUCAUCUCAGUCGCCUCAGGAGGUCAUUUACGCUCUGUUUCAGAUUUUAAUGGGCUUCACUCCCACAGCAUGGGGUCUUUGGGAGGAAUACAACUCUUUAGGACGGAUCAUUUUGACUGUCUUCCUCUUUAUUUGUCACUUCGUGGUCGUUACAAUACUGAUCACCGUAUUGACGAAUUCUUUCAUGUCCAUCGUAAAGAAUGCACACGAAGAGCACCAGUUCCUGUUUGCAAUCAAUACCAUUUCCAUGGUCAAAUCGGAUGCACUAUUUUCCUACGUGGCUCCCUCGAAUAUUCUCGGUUGGAUACUAACUCCAUUGCGGUACUGCAUUCCGCUUCGUGAUUUUGUGAAACUCAAUCGUACUCUUAUCAAGAUUACACAUUUUCCAAUUUUGUGGUCGAUUUGCUUCUACGAGAAGAUAAUAUUGAGUCCAAGUAUCAUUGAUCCAGCUGACCUAGUCGAAGGGACUACUCGUCUGGGUGCCCGGUCAACAGCAGUCUUGCGCGCAAGAGACGAACGACAAACUCGAUUUGAUACAUUUCACCGUCUCGCGCGGGAGCCCUCCAUCGCCACGUAUCAACAGGAUCGUGUGUUGGAGGAACUCUUUCGACGACCAUUCCGUCAGCAAUCUAUGCAAGAUGUCACGGAAAGUCCAGAUGGACGCCGGAAAUCGACUAUGGUGGCGAACUGGAUGCAGGGCAUGGAAACCAUAGAGGAGAUGACGCCGCGCCGACCCAGUGCGCUGCGGAGAGUGAUUUCGCCGUCACACCGCAACUAUACUGAAACUACCCGAUCUUUUGCAGCCUCUGAUCCGGAGGAGUUUAUGACCCGUGGGAAUCUCCAUCCGGUCCCAGAACACUCUAUUGUGGAAAACACUCAGACACGCUUGGGAAGGCAUGCAUCUCAUGCAACAGAUAUAGAGGGAGAUGACGAGAAGUCAAGCGAUGAGAACCAUGACGAUGAGUCAGAUGAAGAUCAUGGUGAAUCGAUACCUGAAUCACAGUAUGCUAGUCAAACGCCUCGACCUAGCAGCAAGUCUACUCCAAGAUUUUUCAGCUCUCGGCCUUCUACUGCAGUGUACAACUCUCGCAAAAAUAGCCCGACCCGACACCGUCCAGCGUCGAGCCAUCUACAUGCCCGCAAUACCUCCAGCGUCACAGUCCUACACAAUCGUCCCCGCGAUGCUGACGACAGUACGGACGAUGCCAUGCCUGGCCCGUCUUCUGCAUCCCCAUUGAAGCUAGAGACGGAAAGGCCGCCUCUCCCGCAACGGACAAACUACAUGUCAGUUCCUAACUUUAAUCGAAUUGGAUCUGAUAUGGGCGACAUUGGUCUCUUGCCGUCGAGUCUGGUCACGCAGAUCGCCACCGACAACGACGUCCUUGGGCGGCUGGUGUUGUCGCGUAUGCAGAAUAUAGAGGCAGGUUUUCGGGAGGUGCUGAAAGAGGUUAAGGAUCUACGUGGAAAGCCGGCCCGCGAGUCUAGAUACUCGGGCCGUAAGCCCGCUAGCGAUGAGAUGUGA